AUGGCGCCCGAGGAGAGCGCGGAUGCCGCCGGCCUGCUGCAGAGUUUCGAGCGCCGCUUCCUGGCGGCGCGCGCGCUGCGUUCCUUCCCUUGGCAGAGCCUAGAAGAGAAGUUAAGGGAUUCGUCAGACUCUCAGCUGCUACUGGAUGUUUUGCAGAAGACUGUGAAGCACCCCCUGUGUGUGAAGCACCCCCCGUCGGCGAAGUUCAUGCGCUGCUUUCUCUCUGAGCUCAUCAAGAAGCACGAGGCUGUCCACGCAGAACCCUUGGACGAGCUGUAUGAGGCAUUGGCAGAGGUCCUGACCACCGAGGAGUCCACCCAGUGCCACCGGAGCUACUUGCUGCCUUCCGGAGAAGCAGUCACCCUCUCCGAGAGCACCGCCCUCGUGUCACACGGCACCACAGGCCUGGUCACAUGGGAUGCUGCCCUCUACCUUACAGAGUGGGCCGUGGAGAAUCCGGCAACCUUCACUGACAGGACCGUCCUGGAGCUCGGCAGCGGAGCUGGCCUCACAGGCCUGGCCAUUUGCAAGCUGUGCCGUCCCAAAGCAUACGUCUUCAGCGACUGUCACAGCCAGGUCCUCGAGCAGCUCCAAGGGAAUGUCCUUCUGAACGGCCUGUCUGUAGAGCCAGGCGUCACGCCCCCUCGGCAGCACCCAGGGUGCGACACGCCAGACUCGGAAAAGCCCACUGUGACUGUGGCCCAGCUGGACUGGGACCUCGUGACAGCCCCGCAGCUCUCUGCCUUCCAGCCAGACAUUGUCAUUGCGGCAGAUGUGCUGUACUGCCCGGAAACCAUCCUCUCCCUGGUCGCGGUGCUGCAGACACUCUCGGCGUGCCGGAAGGACCGCUCCGCUCUGGAUGCCUACAUCGCCUUCACCAUACGUAACCUGGAGACGUGCCAGCUGUUCACAGCCGAGCUAGGCCGGGCUGGGAUCCGAUGGGAAGCAGUGCCUCGUCAUGACCAGAAACUGUUUCCGUAUGAAGUGCUCUCGGAGAUGGGAAUGCUGAAACUGACGCUGUAGCCCUCCCAGCCGUCCUGGAG